GGAUUGGAAACAAAAGAAGCUCCUGUCAUUCUCUUCCUUUCCGUUAAAUGUUCUGCUUAGAUCCCUAAUCUUCAUUCCCUAUCCUUCAUCAAUCUUUUCAGAUUUUUGAUCUCGAUUCCCCAUCUCUGUUUCCUCCAUUGUUGCCUCAAUGUUUCUUAGCAGUUAUCAUGGAGGAUUUUUAUUCUUUCUGUUGUCCUCUUUGUUUUCUAAUGAGAUCUGUUUGGUUCUUUGGUGAUUCGCUUUGUUGAUUGUUAAUUUUGGUGGUCUUUUCGCGGAUGGUCGUUGUCAUGUUUCCCUGAGACCGCCGGGAGUCCAAAAUCGUAUUAGGAGGUGGGGGUGGGGGCAUCACAGACUUUUCACAACCCCGCUGUAUAUAUAUAUAAAUACCGAGAACCCAAACCCUUACUGGUCUCUCCGCACCUCUCGUUCUCUUUGUCGCCAGCAGAGCAGAGAGCCGCCCAGGCGGUGGCGGGAGGUAGAGCGAGCGAUCAUGCCGGCGGGGCUCGGGCUGCGGGACCUGUUCUCGCGGCCGUUCAGGAAGCACGGGUACAUCCCGUUGGCGACGUAUAUGAGGAGGUACAAGAUCGGGGACUAUGUGGACAUCGAGGUGAACGGGGCCGUCCACAAGGGCAUGCCCUACAAGUUCUAUCACGGCCGCACCGGCUGCGUCUGGAACGUCACCAAGCGCGCUAUCGGCGUCGAGAUCAACAAGCAGCAUGGCUUUCCUUUUAUCAAUUGUAGGAGGUUUUCCACUCUCGAGUCCCAGGCAAACGAAGGUCAGAUUCCACCGGAGCUGUUAACAAAUCGAACUGUGUUAACGCCGGACCGUGUUAUAGGCCAAUAUGCAGAUCUAGUAACAAGAGUGACAAAUUUCCAUGAUGAGGAUAAGGGCUACAUGGUUUUGGGUGGUGAUGUUUUUGAUGUUCCCAUUAGGAAGGAUAUUGUUCACCGAGUUGUACGGUGGCAGCUUGCAAAACGACAGCAGGGGACACACUCAACAAAAACAAUAAGUGAAGUAAGUGGCUCAGGGAGAAAACCAUACAAGCAAAAAGGCACCGGACGAGCAAGGCAUGGGACUUUACGUGGGCCUCAGUUUAGGCAUGGUGCCACCAUGCAUGGGCCUAAGCCACGAAGUCAUGCAAUCAAGCUGCAAAAGAAGGUUCGACGUCUGGGACUGAAAGUUGCCUUGUCAGCUCGAACAGCUGAAGGCAAGCUUCUAGUUUUUGAGGAUCUGGCGGUUCCUAGCCACAAGACUAAAAAUAUUGUGAAUUACGUCUCCCAAUUGGAGAACACGAAGAAGGUUUUGUUGGUGGAUGGUGGUCCUAUAGAUGACAAACUGAAGCUGGCAACAAGAAACCUGCGUUAUGUGAACGUAUUGCCUUCAAUUGGUCUGAAUGUUUACAGCAUCCUGCAGCAUGAUACUCUUGUGAUGACCCGAGAUGCUGUUAAUAGGAUUGUCGAGCGGAUGCAUACUCCCAUCAACCGCUGAGGCAAUGGGACUGACAAGCUAAAAAUUUAGGGGUUUUGUUGACCGGCUGUUUCAGUAAGGUUAUUCUUUUUUUCAAAAAAAAAAAAUCACAGCUUUACGGGAAUGAGUUAUUCUUCCCUUUGUUUACAUCUUCAAACUGCCUGCUUACCAGUGUUUCAGUGCGUCACAAUUACAUGUAAGGUCUAACAAGCAAGAAACUAGAAUAUUUGCUACCUGCAUCAUGCCUUGGUGGACAUCAUCUUUGAGGCUUAAAUGAAGUUGUAAUGAUCAAAAAAAAGGUAUGCUAAAGUUUAAUGAGGAAAAUUUUAUUAAGUCAAUGCAGAUGAGAUUACAAAACAUGAAGUAUUUGGAUGAAAAAGAGCAUUGUAGGAUUUAGAAGCCAGUCAUUGACCAGCAAUCAGAUAAAUUUGGGAUGCUGUGCUUGGCACCGGCGGUUCAUAUGAUAUCAUUGAAGCUUUCCUGAGAAAAUAACUAGAGACUGUUCAAAGUCUUGUUUAUUUGGACCGUCCACUCGGUGGAUCCUAAAGCAAAAUUAGACUACGCCACUUCUCGGUGGAACAAGAAGGCCAAAAAAUUUCCUCAUAAGUUUCAUGGGUCAUUGACUCAUUGCUUGCUUGUUUAUUUCUUCCAAUUAUUUUAAGGACGCAGAAUUCUCGGCUC